AUCACGUUUAGUUACCAUUUACCAUCUACUGAUUGAGCAGCGGAUUUUCAUUUAUUCAUUGAUCGAAAGACGAAAUUGUUAGAAAUAUGAAAGCGACAAUGGUGAUUGUUCUGGUCGGUAUAGCCGUGACGAUGACGUCGGCUACGGAUCAUUCGAAAAGAUCGAAAAGAUUUCUUAUCUUUCCACCAACAUCACCGACAAGGAUGCAACUCAUCUGUGGUAUCGGUAUCCCUGUUGACUUAGAGUAUGAGUCCGUCACAAUCGGUUACGUAUUGAAAUCGGAAUACUUAUUGCCGGACAACACGUCAAUGGUUCUGCAUUUCUUACAAGACCCAUUUAACCCGAUUGUACGUCCCAUCGAACGGCGCCGAAGAAGUGCAGCUCCUGUUAUUUCUAUCGGAAGCCAAAACGAUACCGACCACUACGAGAAAUAUGACGUGGAAGCCGUCCAGAUCGGUACCGGAUUGACGACCAAAGAUGAGGCCCCGGAAAAUUAUUCGAACGAGUGGAAUGAAGUGGCCGACGAUGAGGAAUUUGCGCCAGAGGAUUAUCGGAUAACGAAGCAAAAUGAUUUCCAAACAUUCCGGUGGACAUUGUACAAAGGACUUGAAGCAAUGGCUGAGAGAAAAGGUCUGGCCGGAAGGGCCUGCAUGCUGCGAACUAUUUGUGAAUCAGCACACGCACCAUUUUCCUUUAGCAGUGGAAUUGUGGCAGAAAUGAUGCACAUACUGCUGACCCCAUCAUCAUCGAAAGAUACGGUGAAUGACCAUUCGUUGAACGAAUACUACCAUGCCGAAGAGAUUGGUAAAUCAGGAGCGCCGUGCGAUCAUGUCUUCAGCGAAUGUACGAUAUCGUUGGUGGAUAAAUUUUCUGGCAUUUACACCACAAUGGAUAAUAUAAUCAAAAUGAUUGGAUGA